AUGGGUGACACUAACGGUGUCGCUGCUGAGGCGGAGCGCUUUGCUAUCGGUAUCUCUUUUGGCAACACAUCCAGCUCAAUUGCCCGCAUCUCACCUGAGGGCAAGGCUGAGGUUAUUGCCAACGAGGAGGGUGACCGUCAAAUUCCCUCCAUCCUUUCUUACAUCGAGGGUGAAGAGUACCACGGUACUCAGGCUAAGGCCCAGCUCAUCCGUAACUCCUCCAACACUGUCGCAUACUUCCGGGAUUUCUUGGGCAAGGAAUUCAAGUCUAUCGACCCUACCCAAUGCCACGCCUCUGCCCACCCCGUGCAGAGCGGCUCGACUGUGGCCUUCACCAUCCGUGAUACCCCCAGCGAGACCCCCAACACUGUUACCGUCUCCGAGAUCACUACUCGCCACCUGCGUCGCUUGAAGCAGUCUGCCACUGACUUCCUCGGCAAGGAGGUUAACGCCGCCGUCAUUACCGUCCCCACCGACUUCACCGAUGCCCAGCGUGAGGCUCUCACUGCUGCCGCCAAGGAUGCUGGUAUCGAGGUUCUCCAGCUCAUUGCUGAGCCCGUCGCUGCUGUUAUGGCCUACGAUGCUCGCCCCGAGGCCACUGUUAGCGACAAGCUGGUUGUUGUUGCCGACCUGGGUGGUACCCGCUCCGAUGUGGCCGUUGUUGCCAGCCGCGGUGGCAUGUACACUAUCCUGGCUACUGCCCACGACGUCGAGCUCGGCGGUGCUUCCCUGGACCAGAUUAUCAUUGACCACUUCGCCAAGGAGUUCGUCAAGAAGCACAAGACCGACCCCCGCCAGGACGCCCGUGGCCUCGCCAAGUUGAAGCUCGAGGGUGAGGGUACCCGUAAGGCUCUGAGCCUGAGCGCCAACGCUCAGCUGAGCAUUGAGUCUCUGGCUGAUGGUAUCGACUACGGUUCCACCGUUAACCGCACCCGCUUCGAACUGCUUUCUGGCAAGGUCUUCGCUCAGUUCACCGACCUGAUCCAGCAGGUUGUUAAGAAGGCUGGACUCGAUGUUCUUGACAUCGAUGAGGUCAUCUUCUCUGGUGGUGCCUCCCACACCCCCAAGAUUGCCCAGCUGGCCCAGAACAUCUUCCCCGAGACCACUACCAUCCUGGCUCCCUCCACCUGCACCACCGCCCUCAACCCCUCUGAACUGUCCGCCCGCGGUGCCGCCGUCCAGGCCUCUCUGGUCCAGGAGUUCGACCACGAGGACGUUGAGCAGUCCAUCCACCCCAUGGUCACUGUUACCCCUCACCUCAGCAAGGCUAUCGGUGUUGAGUUCACCUCUGCCACUGAUGUCAACUUCCAGCCUCUCCUCGCUGCCGAGACCGCCCUUCCCGCCCGCCGCAUCGCUCAGUACUCUGUCCCCAAGGAGGGCGGCGAUGUCCUUGUUCGCGUGUGCGAGGGUUCCCGCGAGAUUAAGGUUACCAAGCCUGAGCCCAAGGCCAAGGAGGAGAAGCCUGCUGACGACUCUGACGAUGACUUCUCCGACGAUGAGGAGGAGGAGAUCCGCGAGAUUGUCUGGAAGACCAAGAGCCCCGUUGCUGAGCUUGCCGUCAAGGGCGUCAAGGCCGGCGGUAAGGUCGAGGUCAUGGUUCACGUCAACCCUGACCUCGGUCUGCAGAUUGCCGUGCGCGAGGUCGGUGGCCAGACUGCCGUCCGUGGUGCUAUCAACGGCUCUGCUUAG